AUGAAUAGAGUGAAACAACACGUUCCUUUCAUCCAAAACAUCCUGAAAGAAAGUAAUCGAUUCAAACGCAUGGACAAAAUUCGUCAUGCCAACAAAGAUCAAAUUAAUGCCUUGAGUGAAAUCACUCUAAACUUGUUGAAAAAAAACAUUCCCGUCUCCGUGAAAACCAUUGGUCGAUUGAAACCUCACAAAAAACUCUUAAGAUCGAUCGCCAAGAAAGGAGCAUCAGUUAAAAAACGAAAAAACCUGUUAAUCAGACAACGCGGCGGUGGAGGAGGAUUAUGGAAGGGAUUACAAGACGUAUGUCGAUGUGUCUCCCGAUAAAACGCAUUCGACAAUGCACAAAAUGCAAAGAGUAUAAAAGCACCACUGCUAACCUCGUGAGCAUCAUCCAAGAACAAAACAAAAAACUUGAACAACAACAACGACAACUCGACUUCACCAAGCAAUACUACCAAGAACAAAUACGACGCAUCCUUUCAGCUCAACAACAUGAAUCAAGUACUCAUGAUUCCGCCAGAGAAACUGGGUAACUUAACCAAUGUCUAUAAAGAACGCAUCACCAGUGAUCCUACUCUCACCACAGCCACCCAACUGGCAGCCACACGUCAUAAACUAUUGAAAAACAAAAAGAUUCCACCUGGCAUUAAACAAGCCAAAGACAAAGCACUCGGGUCCACGUUUAAUAAAGUUCUACGAAAAUACAAACGGGGUCCU